AUGGCGACGCUUAGAAAAUUAGACGUCACCGUCGAUGAAAAUAAUCCGAAACCCGGGGCCUUGGAGUUGAUGAAACAUAUCAGGCCUGAAUGGAAGAUUGAUGAUAUACAGCUCAAAGUAUUUACUGAUGGCAUCACAAACAAAAUAUUUGGCUGCUAUUUGCCAGAAAAUAAGCGAGAAAUGGUACUUCUGCGAGUCUUUGGGAAGAAAACUGAAUUGAUUAUUGACAGAGAAAAAGAAAUUGAGAACUUCCAAAUACUACACCGUGCGAAAUGUGGUGCUGAAUUAUAUUGUAUAUUUAACAAUGGUCUGUGUUAUCAGUUUAUUCCGGGUAGUAUACUGGAUGUAGACUUAGUACGGAAUGAUAAAGUUUACCCGUUGAUUGCAAGUAAGAUGGCUAAAAUGCAUACAAUUAAACCAGAAGAUGGCAACGCAAUAGAAGCUAGUUUGUUCCAAACUUUGAGGAAAUGGUACCGGAAUUGUCCCAGAGAGUUUAAGGAUCCAGAAAAAAAUGCCAGGUUUAAAAAGGAUGUUGUAUCUCAUGAACAGCUGGGUAAAGAGGUUGAUGAAUUGGGGGCUGCAUUAAAACCACUGAAUUCACCCAUAGUAUUCUGUCAUAAUGACCUCCUAUUGGCUAACAUUAUCUAUGAUGAACAGACCAAUAGUGUUUCAUUUGUUGAUUACGAGUAUGGGACGUUUAAUUACCAAGCCUUUGAUAUUGCCGAUCACUUUGCUGAAUACGCAGGUGUUGAUGAAGUGGACUACAAUAGAUACCCUGAAAAAGAAUAUCAGUUAAAAUGGCUGCAUAAAUAUCUCUCAGACUGGUACACAAUGAGAGGAAUUAAUAAAUAUGUCACUAAGAAAGACACUGAAAUAUUGUAUGUACAAGUCAACAAGUUUGUCUUGGCAUGCCAUUUAUUUUGGGGAUUAUGGGCACUGAUACAGUCAGCCAAUUCUGCCAUUGAUUUUGAUUUCUUAGGAUAUGGUAUUGAACGUCUUAAUGAAUAUUUCAAAAGAAAAGAAGAAUUUCUCUCAUUGGAGAUGCUGGUUGAUUAAUCACAGUCUUAUGAUGAUGUUAAUAGGAAUUCAUAAAUAUAUGAUUUCAUUAUGUACAAUUAUGUUUUAACCAAAUAAAAUGUUAUUAUUGGA